AUGUCCUUCAUCUUUCGAAGACUAUUCGGCACAACUUCUUCAGUAACCAUGGAAGCCGCUCAGAAGAAAGCGCAGCAGCUGAUCGAUGACAAUGCUGUCAUGGUCUUCAGCAAGUCGUACUGCCCUUACUGUAACAACACCAAGCGCAUCCUCGACGAGCUGAACGCUAAGUACAAGGCUAUCGAACUCAACCAAGAGAGCGACGGCGAUACAAUCCAGGACGCGCUUCAACAGAUGACGGGCCAGCGCACCGUGCCCAACAUCUUCAUCAACAAGGUCCACAUUGGCGGCAAUUCCGAUCUCGAGGACGUCGUUAAGAACGGCAAGAACGGCAAGAAGAUCGAGGAGCUGCUGAAGGAGGCCGGUGCUCUCUGA